AUGUCACCGCCGGAUGCCAUUGAGACAAACUCGUCUCCAAAGCCAACUUCCGGCCGCUUGGUCGCAGAGAAAACGCCAGCGCAGUGGACCGUCGACAGUGUCCUCCAAUCUGAGCUCUCCUCCCUCCCACAGACGAACUCCACCUCCCCUCUCGCCUUCUUCCAUCUGAUCGAACGCCUCAAAACCACCAAACGCGAAGGCUGGCGCCGCUUCGACAUCAACCAUGGCGAAUCCAUCUCCGACCACAUGUACCGCAUGUCCAUCAUCACCAUGCUCUGCCCGCCCUCGCUCGCCUCUCGUAUAGAUCUGGCACGAUGCACCAAAAUGGCUCUUGUACACGACAUGGCAGAAGCCCUGGUAGGAGACAUCACGCCCGUGGAUGGCGUAGAGAAGAGCGAAAAGUCAAGACGCGAAGCGGAUACGAUGGACUAUCUCUGCACAAGUUUACUCGGCAAUGUCCACGGUGGGGUAGCAGGACAGCAGAUUCGUGAAGUGUGGCAAGAGUAUGAAGAUUCCAAGACAUUGGAGAGCCAUUUCKUUCAUGAUGUGGACAAGAUGGAAUUGCUAUUGCAGAUGAUUGAGUAUGAGCGCAGUCACAAAGGCGAGCUGGACUUGGGAGAGUUCUCGAGAGUCGCAAAGCGCAUAGAGUUGCCGGAAGUCAUGGAGUGGGCGAGUGAGUUGCUGCGGGAGCGGAGGGAAUUCUGGGCUUCGCAUGGCAAGGAGCCAACUGGCGUGCAAGACAUCAGCGAUGAGCUCAAACGGAUGCAGGAUGACUACUACGCUGGAUCAGGUGCUAACGGGCACAAACACUGA